GAAGCCGCACGUGGAGCCGGCGACGGGCUGUCGCAGUUUCUGGAAACUUCGCUCUAUUGUCAUAUUGAAGCCUCGGGGCUGCGGGAGGCGGGUUCCGCGCAGGGCGGCCAUGGCGGUGGUGGGCUUCGAUCUGGGCUCCCAGAGCUGCUACAUCGCGGUGGCCAGGGCCGGAGGCAUCGAGACGGUGGCUAACGAGUUCAGCGACCGCUGCACCCCGUCAGUGGUGUCUUUUGGGUCCAAAAACAGAGCAAUUGGAGUAGCUGCUAAGAAUCAACUAAUUACACAUGCCAACAACACAGUAUUUAAUUUCAAGAGAUUCCAUGGGCGUGCAUUUAGUGACUCUUUUGUCCAGAAGGAGAAAGAACAUGUGAGCUACUGUGUGGUUCCAAUGAAAAAUGGAAAUGUUGGAAUAAAGGUAACAUAUAUGGACGAUGAGCAUUUAUUCAGCGUCGAGCAGAUAACAGCUAUGCUACUGACUAAACUGAAGGAGACUGCUGAAAAUAACCUCAAAAAGCCCAUAACAGACUGUGUUAUUUCAGUGCCAGCAUUUUUCACUGAUGCUGAAAGGAGGUCUCUGCUCGAUGCUGCUCAGGUUGUUGGAUUAAAUUGCCUUAGACUAAUGAAUGAUAUGACCGCAGUGGCUCUGAACUAUGGAAUUUACAAGCAAGACCUUCCAGCUCCAGAAGAGAAACCACGAAUAGUAGUGUUUGUAGAUAUGGGCCAUUCGGCAUUCCAAGUAUCAGCUUGUGCUUUCAACAAGGGUAAACUGAAGGUGCUUGGUACAGCUUUUGAUCCUCUCCUUGGAGGAAAAAACUUUGAUGGGAAGCUGGUGGACCACUUCUGUGCUGAAAUAAAAGCCAAGUACAAACUGGACCCGAAAUCAAAAAUAAGAGCACUCCUCCGUUUACAUCAGGAGUGUGAGAAGCUGAAAAAGUUAAUGAGUUCAAACAGCACAGACAUUCCACUUAAUAUUGAAUGUUUCAUGAAUGAUACAGAUGUGUCUGGAAAGAUGAAUAGAUCUCAGUUUGAAGAACUAUGUGCUGACCUCUUGCAAAGAAUAGAGGCUCCUCUUCGUUCCUUAAUGGACCAAAUCCAUCUCAAAGUGGACGAUGUAUAUGCCAUUGAAGUUGUAGGUGGAGCCACACGUAUUCCAGCCGUUAAGGAGAGGAUUGGGAAGUUCUUUGGCAAAGAUGUCAGCACAACGUUGAAUGCGGAUGAAGCGGUGGCAAGAGGUUGUGCGUUGCAGUGUGCAAUUCUGUCUCCAGCUUUUAAAGUCAGAGAGUUCUCCAUCACAGAUGCUGUUCCAUUCCCAGUAUCAUUGAUGUGGAAUACAGAAUCUGAAGAGACCGAUGGGAUUCAUGAAGUGUUCAGCAGGCAUCAUGCAGUACCUUUCUCCAAAGUUUUGACAUUUUACAGAAAAGGCCCCUUUGAACUCCAGGCUUUCUAUUCAGAUCCCAGUAGUGUCCCCUACCCUGAAAGCAAGAUUGGGAAAUACGUUGUUCAGAACAUUGCCACUCAGACUAAUGGAGAGAAAAAUAAAAUUAAAGUGAAAGUCCGCAUCAAUUCUCAUGGCAUUUUUAGUGUUUCCACUGCAUCAAAGGUGGAGCAGGUGAAACAGGAAGACAGUGAAACCCCUGAUGUUGAAGCUGAAGUAGAUCUCCAAAACCAAAAAUGUCCUGAGACCAUUGAUAAAAAUAUCCAGCAAGGCAACAAUGAGGCUGGAGAUCAGCCCCAGGUACAAACAGAUGGCCAACAAACGUCACAGUCUCCCCCUUCUCCUGAGGCUGCCCCUGAAGAAAACAAAACCCCAGAUGCUGCAAAAGGAGAUGAAAAGAAAGGUGACCAACCUCCAGAUGCUAAAAAACCCAAGAUGAAAGUGAAGAAUGUAGAGUUACCUAUUGAAGCUAACUUGGUCUGGCAACUUGGAAGAGACCUGCUCAAUAUGUACAUUGAAACAGAGGGCAAAAUGAUCAUGCAAGACAAACUGGAGAAAGAAAGGAAUGACGCAAAGAACGCUGUUGAAGAAUAUGUUUAUGAUUUCAGAGAUAAGCUUUCUGGACCCUACGAGAAAUUUGUGUGUGAACAGGAUCGUAAUAAUUUCUCCAAACUGCUGUCAGAGGUUGAAGAUUGGCUGUAUGAGGAGGGAGAAGACCAACCAAAACAGAUCUAUAUGGAUAGACUGACUGAUUUAAAGAAAUUUGGUACUCCCAUUGAGAUGCGGUAUCAAGAAGCAGAAGAACGUCCAAAGCUGAUGGAGGAACUAGCGCAUAAGGCUCGGAAUUACGCUAAAAUUAUAGAGGAAUACAGGAACAAGAAUGAAAAAUAUAUCCAUAUUGAUGAAUCUGAAAUUAGUAAAGUAGAAAAGUGUGUCCAUGACACAAUGGAAUGGAUAAACAGCAUGGUAAAAGCACAGGCAAAGCAGAGUCUGGAUAAGGAUCCUGUUGUCCGUGCCAGUGAAAUCAAAGGAAAGCUGAGGGAGUUAUAUGGUGUGUGUGAACUUAUUGUGACCCAACCAAAACCAAAGGUAGACUCUCCUAAACAAGAGGAACCAAUGGAUACUACUUCUGUUUAUAAAAACGAGGAUGCAGAAGAGGAAAUCAAAAACGUUGAAAUACCACAACAGAAUGGGGAAUGCCACAUGAAUGAGAGCCCAGCCAACAUGGACUUGAACUAGCCUGUUGUAUCUCAACGAGCGAUUUCACACGGGAAAAGACUUCUACUGUCUUGUGUGAUAAUGGGGGAAAUGUCUUGUCCGAGGGAGCUAUUUAUAUUUUAGAAUUCUGUUGUAUUAUGUGGGGAGUGACUGUGGUGAAAAGAAGUGGAGAAUCAUGAUAAAUCCUAAAAGGAAAAUUGCCUUGGUAACUUUCAGAUUCCUGUGGAAUUGUGAACACUCGAUACAAUCUUCUGUGCAGCAAUUUUGACCUUUUGCUUCAAAUUAGGGCUGUGAUGCCACUGAGUUGUUACAAAAGGUCCUGCUCCUUCAAAAGGUUUGCUCCUAGAACUUUUCGUAGAUGCCAAGGUAGUUUUUCUUUCUUCUUCGUGUUAGUAUGUUUAUUUGUUUGAUGGCUGAUGGAGGCAUUGGGCGAAAAGCCUACAUAAAAACCAAACCUAAAGAAUGUUGUUUGUAUCAUUGUUCAAGAUGUUUGCUCGAAGCAAAGAUGAGAAUGUGUGAAGCAGCAUGCAGAAUUGCUUACAUUUUGUUGCUUGCUCAAGAAGUACACUCUCAUGUAGGGAAAACCAAAUGAAGGUAGUACACUGAUCCUGUUAAAUGUUCCUGUCAAGCCUUUAGUGAGCUUUAAUAAAGUUCAUUGAAAUGGUUAUGGUUUGAAAAA